UACGCCUGAAAAAGCAUGUUGCUCCUCUUCUUAUUAUGUUUGGCUUUCGCACCACCGGUAGUUUCACCAGAAUACACUCGUCCGCCACCCCGCCCCGUCAUUUUCCGGCAAUUCAAAGGGCCUGAAUCUGCUCCCCAACAGGUACACAUUUCAUUGGCAGGGAAGGAUUACAUGAGGGUUUCGUGGAUAACGGAAGAAAAAUCUCAAUCCGUCGUCGAAUACGGGAAAGCGGCCGGGCAAUACAGCGCGUCCGCCACAGGCGAGGAUAGUAUGUCAUACCGCUACUUCUUUUACACCUCAGGAGAAAUUCACCACGUCAAGAUUGGUCCAUUGGACCCCAGCACCACCUACUACUACAGAUGCAGCGGCGGUGGGCCCGAGUUCACUUUCCGGACCCCUCCCUCCGCGUUCCCCAUCGAAUUCGCUGUUGCCGGUGACCUAGGACAGACGGAAUGGACAGAGUCAACCUUAGCCCACGUGGGCAGUAGGGACUAUGACGUGUUCCUCCUACCUGGAGAUCUGUCUUACGCGGACACUCAGCAGCCGCUAUGGGACUCGUUCGGACAGCUGGUGGAGCCGUACGCGAGCGCCAGGCCAUGGAUGGUCACCGAAGGAAACCACGAGAUCGAAACCUUCCCAAUCAUAUACCCUCAGGGUUUCACAGCCUACAACGCUAGAUGGCUAAUGCCCUACCAAGAAAGCAACUCCCAAUCCAACUUAUACUAUUCGUUCGACGUGGCAGGGGCCCACAUCCUCAUGCUUGGAUCUUACACGGAUUUUGAUGCUGACUCGGAUCAGUACGCCUGGCUUCUGGCUGACCUGGCAACCGUCGAUAGGUCCAAAACCCCUUGGCUUUUUGCAUUGAUCCACGCGCCAUGGUACAAUACCAAUUCUGCCCAUAAAGGCGAGGGCGAAACUAUGAGGGUAGCCAUGGAAAAUAUUUUGUACAAUGCGCGAGUCGAUGUGGUCUUUGCUGGCCAUGUUCACGCGUAUGAAAGAUUCACUAGGGUUUAUGAUAACAAGGCAGAUCAAUGUGGUCCAAUUCAUGUCACAAUUGGUGAUGGUGGAAACAGAGAAGGACUCGCAAUGACGUUUGAGAGCCCUACUCCUUCAAUCUCAAUGUUUCGGGAGCCGAGCUUCGGGCAUGGCCGGCUGAGGGUGUUGAACAACACCCACGCACACUGGUUGUGGCACCGCAACAACGAUACCAACUCUGUCACCGCGGAUGAGAUAUGGUUGGAGAGCUUGAUCUCGUCGACACAUUGCAACGACUUUGCUACUUUAUCAAAAUCUACAAAUGAUGAGUUGUGAUGGUGCUCAAUCAUGUAAAUAAUUCGAUUUCAAUAUUGUAACUUGCCUUCAUUCAUCAAUUUAUGUACUACAUAAUUCGACUUGAAUAUUAUUUAACUUGUCAGGGAUCCGUUUGAUGCAGAAUUGGCUAUUGGAGUUUUGAUUAAAUAUAGUUUCAAAUAUCUAAUGAUCCUCCUUCAAUC